AUGACGGAUUUGUUAUUCCCCUCUCUCGAUAUUCCGUCGUUCCAAGACCAUAUCGGUCAGACCCUCCCGGAGAGUGUCCAGUUGAGCAGGCAGUCUAAUGUAGACACAUGGUCACAUCUGGGGCUUGGCAGCCAAGUACACCACAGCCUCCUCGAAACAUCUUUCUGGGGCGUCGAGAGUCGAGCUGGUGAGACAAUCGACCCUCCGCCGCAGCGAGGACUACCAUCGCUACUCCAAGAUACAGUCCCGUCAGUUUUGGCCUUUGCCAUCGACCGAGCCACGCACGAUGCGCUACGACAAGAUCUAGUUAGUCGUCUGCAAAGAGAGAACGUCUUCAAUCAGCUACCGUCAGCCAAGCUCUGCCAGAACUUUUUAUUGACUUACAUGGAAUGCUUCCACGGCCACCUGCCCAUCAUUCACCUGCCAACGUUCGACCUAAAUAAAACUCCGAGCCCGUUAACACUAGCUUUGUGUUGCAUUGGAGCUCUCUACCGUCUGGACCGCAGGCGGGCACGGCAGUUGUACGAUUUGGCGGCGGAAGCUGUAGAGAGUGUAAGUUGCAAUCAUGUUAAGCUAGGAACUAGACCAACAUCAUAUGCUAUGGAAGGCAACGGCUUCUUCUCCGUGGUUAGUAGCUUCGUUAUAGCCAGCCAUAUCUACAAAAGAAUCCGAGGCCUGCUUGCUGAGCAUACAAACGAACUGUCUAAUAUUAGUUGGCCUGAGUGGGUCGAACGUGAAUCGUGGAAAAGAAUGCUCGGAGGUCUCUACAUCACGAGCACCCUGACCAUGGUCAUUUAUGAUGUGAACCCUGGUUUCACUGUGGCCCAGGAUCUGGAGCUUGAAACCUUUCACGCCGAAUCCUUGUGGAAUGCCCGAACACCCAUGGAGUGGCGUGAGCUUUGGUCAAAACAACCUGGCCAUCAUCACCGAAAUGUGAAGGAUGUCCUGGAUGAUGUGAUAUCAGAGGGCAAUCAAGAGCCUCUGGAUUAUUCCCUAACCCCCUUUAAUGCUCUCAUGCUGAUGCAUGCAGUGGUGGUGCACAUGUGGCAGAGACUGCAGGUCAUGGAAACGUUUCCGCCGCUCUCGUCCAACCCGAUGUCGACAGACUGCGCCCUUGGGUCCUGGUUGAUGAAGAGCUCUUUGCAGGCUCUGGCAAGAUGCCAGUGCUUACUUCGGGGAACCCGGGGCCAGCAUGAACCACAACACGAUUCCGAUAGCGACUCAGAAAGUGCCCUGGUUUUCAACUGCCAGGCCGUCCUGAGGAUCGCGCAUAUCAGGCUGUUCAACGUCACGUCCAAGUUCAACCGGAUGUGCUUGAUCACCAUGGAUCCGGGGUUAAUCGAGACCUCGGCAUCGACCUAUGUAGCCGCGAAGCUAGAUAGAAGCCCACAGCUACUCAGUGCGGUGACAAAGGCUUUUGAAGGGCUUCGCAUCCCCGUGAAGAUGGGGCAUAUGCUGAUACGAAAAACAGCAGCGUUCCGAUGGAGCGUUGAACAGGCCAUCUCGGGAUGGGACAGUGCGCUGUUCGUUACAAAAUGGAUUCAUUCCGUAGAGAUCGACAAGCUUAACGGCAUUCCGGCCAACGAGGCAGAGGAAGGAUUCUUUGCCAACAUUAGAGAUAUACUAGAAGAGGCUGAUUAUGACCUCGACGAAAGCAAGUCCCUGGCUGCGGGGGUAGCCAGAACGUGGGGUUGGUUCCUCCAAGACGUGUGGGUUUGGGGGAUCACUCCUCGCAUGGGGGCUAUACUCGAUCAUCUGGCUACGGCAUAUGAGCGAGUUAACCACGACAACCGUUGA